AUGGGAAACUUUUGUGCUUGUUGUGCUUGGAAGUCUCAUGACAAACCGAUGAGUGAAACAAAUGUCAUCAAUUAUGGAUCUGCCGUUCCUAAUCAUGUUAGCCAUGUAGGAAAAUCACAAUCAGGUUGCCACUCAGAAUGUGCCAAGGAUGGUUUAUCUGGUUAUCGUUCUUUAUCAAAUGAUCCUUCACAUUUAAAUAAUUCUUAUCCUUAUCAUCGUUCAGAUAGUCGCAUUUCUAGAGCAGGGCACAAUGGUCCAGCUCCUCUAGGAGAUAUGCAAGGGGUGAGAGACUUUUCUUAUCGAACACAAGGGGACUUUGGUAUGAGCGUCGAACCUUCAGACUUCAUGCUUUCCUCAGUCUACACACAAUCAAGCACUUCAAACUUGCAGCAUAUCUCAGAGAGAGAACCAGAUGAUACUGAGGCUGAUCCAUCUUUAAAUCCAACUAAAAGAACAUUAUUUAUGCAACGUUCAAGUAAAGACAUUGAAAGAAAACUUCGUGAAAUUCGAACUAAAUAUGAUCGUAAUGUUCCACGAACUCGUCAAAAUACCAUUCCUGUACUUUAUCGUUCCAGUUCUACAUCAACUAUAUGGCUGCAUGAUUCAACUGUAACUAGACCAGAUCCUAAAUCCACUGUUCGCGCAUUAGCUCAGGCAAUUUAUUUACAGAUUAAGCAUAGAAAUCAUAAAAUUGCUUGUGAUCCUAUGAUUGAAAUAUUCGAUGAAUCUUUACAUCCUAUACAGAAUGAGCCAGUUCCUUUCGAUUAUGCUACACGUGAUCCAGAUUUGAAAACAGUAUAUCGGUUCAUUCGUAAUUUAUUCCAAAUGGCCCAGCUUUCUCCAGAAUGUGCAAUUGUUACUAUGGUUUACUUGGAACGUCUUUUGACUAGUGCUGAGACAGAAUUGACACCAAGUUCUUGGAAAAGAAUAGUUUUAUGCGCUAUAGUACUGGCUAGUAAAGUAUGGGAUGACCAAGCUGUUUGGAAUGUAGAUUAUUGUCAAAUUUUAAAAGAUAUGCAAGUUGAUGAUGUAAAUGAAUUAGAAAGACGAUUUUUGGAAAUAAUUCAAUUCAAUAUUAAUGUACCUAGUUCAGUUUAUGCGAAAUAUUAUUUUGAUAUUAGAUCACUAUGUGGACCUAGUUAUCAGCCAACGUUAUUAUCUACCGAUCGUGCCUAUAAACUUGAGGCAUUUUCACGAGUAAUGGACGAUCAAUUUCAUGAUCUUGUUCAAAAAUGUCUUACCAAGAAAAAAUGGGGUAGUUUGGAUAGCUUAACAUCUUCACCUUCAUUUCGACGUGCCAUUAUAUCUUGA